CACCCUGAAAAACCCAGCCCGAAACAUACUGUGAUGGCUGGGAUUGAUGUAGGGGCAGCCCAUGAAGAGAGAGCUGACAUAAAAGAUGCAGCAGCACUUGCUUCACAACAUCAAAACAAUCUUUUCACUCUUCCUUUUUUCCAGAAGUUAAUUGCAGAAUUUUUGGGCACAUACUUCAUGGUAUUUGCAGGUUGUGGUGUGGUGGUGGUUGACACCAAAAGGGAUCAUGUGAUCGGUCAAACAGGAAUCGCCAUCGUAUGGGGAUUGGUGGUGAUGGUGAUGAUUUACACCGUCGGCCACAUCUCCGGUGCCCAUUUCAACCCUGCGGUCACCAUUGCUUUCGCUUCGAGCAAGAGAUUCUCUAUGAAACAUGUGCCUCCAUAUAUUAUUGCUCAAUUCCUUGGAUCAACCCUAGCAAGCGGAACCUUGCGGUUGAUAUUCAACUCGAAAAACAAUAAUCUAGGAGCAACCGUUCCCACAGGGUCCAAUCUUCAAUCUUUGGUGUUGGAAUUCAUUAUCACGUUCUAUCUCAUGUUCGUUAUCUCGAGUGUUGCCACAGAUGAUCGAGCUAUUGGAGAAGCAGCAGGACUUGCCAUUGGAUCCACCAUCUUACUCAAUGCCAUGUUUGCAGGGCCAAUUUCAGGGGCAUCAAUGAACCCGGCCCGGACCCUAGGCCCGGCCAUUGUGUCAAACCAAUACCAAGGCUUAUGGGUCUACAUCCUGGGACCGAUAUUGGGAGCCAUAGCCGGGGCGUGGGCAUACGGUAUCAUAAGAUUCACCGAUAAGCCAGUACGUGAGAUCGUCAAGAAUUCAUCUUUCAUCCAAAAAUUGGAUGCACAAAUAUGCCCUUUUUAACUCCAUUCGGAUUUAACACAAGAAGCAAGCCCGAAACCGGUGUCUCACAUUAUUUGUUGCCUCUCAUGUUAUUAUAAUAAUUUUUUUUUCAUUGUUUUAUUCCAUUUACACUUUGUAUAAAACGAAUGUAAAAAUGUUCAAAGAGUUGAAUAAUAUAGAAAAAAAAUGUUUCGAGAUCAA